AUGUACCGCUAUCACAAUGAGUACCGCUCACGUUAUCAUACAUAUAAAAUUGAUGUUGUUUAUGUCAAGUACUAUGCAGAAAUUUCAGAGAAAAUCAAGUGGAUUACAGAGUAUCUGCAUCUGGAGCGCANUUCACUUCAGUGGAUAGACAAGGAUACUAGAGCAUGGAGGCAAGCAUUGAGGAUUGCAACUGGCUUUCCUCAUAUGACUGUUCAUUUAGCUGCUUUUGCUUAUAAUGAGUACAUUCUUGAGAUGGAUAAGGAUGCGUCCCUCAAGGACAUAGGUCUUCUCUAUUUUGAGAUCUGGAGGCGUGUUGCUAAGAAAAAUUUAAGUUACAUGGAAGCUGUGAAGGAAGUAUAUGAAAUGGACAAGUUUGAUGUACACAAAAGGAGACUAGAUGGUGAGCUGAAAGGGGUUCCUGUCAUUGCAACUAUAAAAGAAUAUACCGAAGAGGAUAAAGCUCAGGAUGUGUUUAGGGAGUUAUCUGUCAGUAUGCAUAAAAUAAUGAACAUGGCUCAGUACGCUCAGAAGAAGUUGGAUUUAGCAGAUGAGCUGAAGUUGGACAAAGGGGGUGGAGUUGUUCCAUUAGAAAGACCCUUCGAGUUCUGA